AUGGUCUCUAGAAAUAAAAAUAUUAAAAAUUUUUUCAAAAGAAAAAUAUCAAGAUCAAAAAUAUUGUGUCAAUAUAAUAAAACAAAAUUUAAAAAUUUUUAUAAUUAUAAAUUUAUAAUUAAAAUAAAAGAUGAUCUAAAAAAUCAAGAAAUUAUAGAAAAUCAAGAGGUUUCAGAAAAUGAAUAUAUCAAUUUUAAACUCUAUGAAAUAGAAGAUACACAAAUUGAAUUAUUGAAUAAUUUCUAUGAAGCAAAUCCAGAAUUUCUAAAUUAUGGUUAA